AUGGCGAUGGUUGUCAGCGGCACAGCGAAUCUGUGUACGGAAAAGGAUGGUCUGAGAAAAGCAAUAAGGAGAGCGAAGCAGAGAAGCAAAGAGUCUCGAGUGGUGCACCAAGCAAAACAGGUGGAAGAUGGUGAGGGCCAAAUACUGACAAAGGACAAGGAAAUAAAGGAGAGAUGGAGAUCCUAUUUCAAUCAGCUCAUGAAUGUGGAAAAUAAGAGAGUAGAGAGAACAGUACCAUCAAGAGGAGAUACACAUGUGGAAAAGAUCACGGAAGUGGAAGUGGUAAAAGCAUUGCAAAAGAUGAAGUGUGGAAAAGCAGUAGGUCCAGACAACACACCAGUAGAGGCAUGGGAAGUCUUUGGCAGCAAUGGGACCGACUGCUUGACAGAGGUGUUCACAAAUGUUUUGGAAAAGGAAGAAAUGCUAGAAGAAUGGAGAAGCAGCACAUUGAUCCAUAUAUCUAAGAACGAAGGGGCCAUACAGGAUUGUAGCAAUUAUAGAGUAAUCAAACUGAACUUCACAUACCUUGAAGAUCUGAGAAAGAAUCACAGACAGGUGACUGUGAGCGAAAAGGUGUCAAUAUCGGAACAACAGUUUGGUUUUAUGCCCGGCAGGUGUGCCACCGACGCCAUUUUUUGCAUAGCGUCAACUAGUGGAGAAAUACAGAGAAGGCCAGAAAGAGCUGUAUUGUGUGUUCAUAGAUUGAGAAAGCCUUCUACGGGGUGCCCAGAGUGGACGUUUGAAACUGUUACGAAUGAAAGAGGCGGGUGA